CCCCUUUUCUCGCCCUCAGUCUGUGCAUCCCAGCCUUUCUUCCUAGAUAUCCAUCCCACACCUCUCCGCCCGCAAACGGCUCCUACGGUGAGGAGAAAAAAAGACAACAGAACAGUUUCAAACACGUCGGCAUAAAUCUCCCAUCCAGAGCUCCCUUUUCUCUUUUCCCUCCUGACGGACUUCAUUACUUUAUUCCUCUGCGCGCCAAUGCCCGAGACCACGCCGAAACGAAGGAUUUUUUCCCCUUGAGCAUGAAAAGGAUUGCCAAAUCAUCCGCAAUCCAACAUCACCGACUGAGCCACCAGCAUGAGCACUGGAUACAUAUGCUCCAGCAGAAGUUGUUGGCUAGAGAACUAACACAUCUUGGACCACAAAUACAGCUAAGAGGGGAGAGUCAGUUUUAGGUCUCCACAUAAUGGAGCGAGAAUGAACAGAGAGCGGCUUAAAAAAAAGCAUGAACUGGAGGUUUAUUGAGGUCAUCUGCUUCCUGUUUAUAUGGGACCAUAUAACAGUUCAGUCUUCCCGCCAGGACCCGUUGGCCACUGAACAACAUGUCACCAAGCAAUAUGACUGGCUCAUCUCUGACCGUGGACCUUUCCACCACUCUCGGAGUUAUCUGUCCUUUGUGGAAAGAUUCCGCCAAGGAUUUACGACCAGAUAUAAAAUUUAUAGGGAAUUUGCACGUUGGAAGGUGAGGAACACAGCAAUUGAAAGAAGGGACCUGAUCCGGAACCCGGUGCCACUCAUGCCUGAGUUCCAGCGCAGUGUACGCUUGCUGGGCCGCAGACCCACUACUCAGCAGUUUAUUGACACCAUCAUUAAGAAAUAUGGAACCCACAUUCUCAUAUCAGCCACCCUGGGAGGAGAGGAGGCACUGACUAUGUACCUGGCCAAAAACAAGCUGGACAGGAAGCUUGCCAAUGCUACUCAGAAUGUGGAAGCCCUUCAUCAGCUGGCCUCGUCCUACUUCAUUGACCGCGACGGCACGAUGAGGAAGCUGCAUGAGAUCCAAAUUUCCACCAAUGCCAUCAAGGUGACAGAGACACGGACGGGGCCACUGGGAUGCAGUAGCUAUGACAAUCUGGACUCAGUUAGUUCGAUCCUUCUGCAGAGCCCUGAGAGCAAGCUUCAUCUGCAAGGUCUUCAGGUCAUUUUCCCAGAAUACCUGCAGGAGAAAUUUGUCCAGUCAGCUCUGAGCUACAUUAUGUGCAAUGGAGAGGGGGAGUACGUGUGCCAUGACAACCAGUGCAUCUGUCAGUGCGCCGAGGAGUAUCCCCAAUGCAACUGUCCCAUCACUGACAUCCAGAUCAUGGAGAACACCCUAUUGGGGAUGUCUGAGUCCUGGGCUGCCUCUUACAAGGACUUUGAGAAUUCUGAUGAGUUCAAGUCCUUCCUGAAGAGGCUGCCCUCCACUCACUUCCUUCCUAUCAGCAGUGUGCAUCUACUGUGGGGCAGCGACUGGGACCUUCAGGCCCGCUACAGGCUCCUUCAGAGUUCCCUGGAGAUCCAGCGGCUCAAGAUCCAGCGCACCGCCCGCAAGCUCUUUGGCCUCAGCAUCCGUUGUCACCACAACCCAAACCACCAGAUGCCUAGGGAGAGGUCUGUGAUGCAGUGGCUCAACAGGGUUCAGUCUUUCCUCUACUGCAAUGAGAAUGGGUUCUGGGGGACCUUCCUGGAGAGCCAAAGGACAUGCGUGUGCCAUACUGGUGUCACCCUAUGUCAGCGACCCAUUCCAUGUGUCAUAGGUGGCAACAACAGCUGUGCCAUGUGCAGCCUGGCCAACAUCUCACAAUGUGGCUCCUGCAACAAGGGCUACAAGUUGUACCGUGGUCGCUGUGAGCCUCAGAAUGUAGACUCAGAACGUAGCGAGCAGUUCAUCAGCUUUGAAACUGAUUUGGACUUUCAGGACCUGGAACUCAAAUACCUGUUACAAAAAAUGGAUUCGCGACUGUACAUUCACACUACUUUCAUCAGUAAUGAGAUUCGACUAGAGACCUUCUUCGAUCCUCGAUGGCGUAAACGCAUGUCCCUGACUCUUAAAAGUAACAAAAACCGGAUGGACUACCUCCACAUGAUAAUCGGUCUAUCAAUGAAGAUCUGCCAGAUGCGAAAUAGCAGCAUUGACCCCAUGUUCUUUGUCUAUGUCAACCCAUUCAGUGGUAGCCACUCAGAAGGCUGGAGUAUGCCUUUUGGUGAACAUGGCUACCCACGCUGGGAAAAAGUACGACUGCAGAAUUCCCAGUGCUUCAACUGGACUCUCCUCCUGGGCAACCGGUGGAAGACCUUCUUUGAGACGGUGCACAUCUACCUGCGUAGCCGUGCUAAGAUCCCAACUGGCCUACGCAAUGACACAGGACAGGGUCCAGUGGAUCUUGCAGACCCUAACAAGCGCCAGAUCUACAUAAAAAUAUCUGAUAUCCAAGUAUUCGGCUAUAGCCUGCGCUUUAAUGGCGAUCUGCUCCGUAGUGCUGUGCAGCAGGUUAACCAGUCUUACACACAGGGAACUCAGUUCUACUCAUCCUCAUCUGUUAUGCUCCUGUUACUGGACAUUAGGGAUCGGAUUAACCGCCUUGCCCCUCCAUCAGCACCUGGCAAACCCCAGCUGGACCUCUUCUCGUGUAUGCUAAAGCAUAGGCUUAAACUCAACAACAGCGAGAUGAUUCGAGUAAAUCAUGCCUUGGACAUGUACAGCACAGAGAUACUAAAACAAUCAGAUCACCUGACUGCUAAACUCUGUUGAACAUAGUAACAUUAACAUAAGGACAGCAAACAGAAACACCCAACAAAUGAACUAUGAGGGGACAUUAAUCUUAAUUUGAUUUUCUCUUUUUCAUUUUUGGACCUUUUCUGCCUUUUGAUGUAAUAUUAACUUUGUAAGCAUAAUUCUUAAAGAGAAAAAGGAAAAGGCAGUGAUGAAAAGAAUUUCAGGCAGAUAAAGAAGAUUAAUGGAACCACUAUAAGGACUGUACCAUAUUUGUCCCAGCAUGUCUGUCAUUCCCUAAAAGAACUUAAAAGAAAGAGAGAAAAAAAGAAACAUUACAUCUAUGUACUGGUGAAAAAGAGGCCUUGAUUUUACUCUGAGGGAUCAAAAGGUUAUAUCUGAAACUGCCAUUCUUUACUGAGAAAAACAUUUUUAAAGGAAUACUGACAUAACACAAGGGCAGACCAGAUAUCCUUUAAUUUCAGCUAAUGUGCAAAAUAUUUCAGACAUAAUGGACAGUUUAAUAUUAAAAAUGUUUAUACAUUGUAAGGAUUAAAUAGCCCUAGUGAGUAAGUAGUCAACACAUUACUUAUAGACUCUUUAUUACAUUUCAAACCCACAGCGAAUCUGCAUUGCUCUUUGUGAGUUAUGAGGCACUCUAUCAUUGUUCUGACACAUAAGGCACACAGCAGGGCAGAAAUGGAUAGUCAUGUCAAAUAACAAAAGCCAGCUGUUUAUAUAUACAUAUAUAUGUGGGUGAAUGUGUGUGUAUGUGCGCGUGCGCAAGUGUGCAUAUACCUUUUUUUUGGCUUGAUGCUUAUUGCUGUUUGUUAAUUGAAUGUGUCAUUUGAGAUCGACUCUCCAGUCUAAGCUAAAUCUUGCAUUUGGAGCGCUUCUUCUCGUGUUUGAAAUUCAAGCUGUGUUUUCACAAGGCAGUACCUCCUGGUGCGUGAGUGCAAUAUUGUGGUCUGAAGAUUUAACAAUCAAUGCUAUUUUGUACAGCUUUGCAAAAUGUACAUGUUGUGACUGCUGAUUUGUGGAGCUUUUCAGCACCAAGAGCAAAAUGUAAACAUUCAUCAUUCAGGCACAUUUGCGAGACAACUUAAAGCCAUACACUUCCCUGAGGUAGACAUACAGUAAGACAUAAAGUCCAUCCCCGUUUCACAAAGUACUUCAUAACAUGAAAAGAAAUGUUCCAUUUGUAUGUUUUUAUUUUAUUCUCUCAGUUUUAAGAUAAGAGCACAGCAAAAAGACAGAUGACAAGAGAAGGCAUCUUAUGUUGGAUAAGAAUCGUGUUGUAAAGCCAUUGAAUUUCUCUGUUGUGCCACAGGAAAAAAAAAGAAAAAAGAAAUGGUUAUAUUAAAGCUUAAAAUAUCUUUUUUGGCAGUGUUUAAUCUGUAAGCGAUUUAUGACCAUAUGUAAAGAUUUCUGUUUUUCUUUCCAGAUAUGAAAUUUCACCUUGUUUUGCAUGCUGUUGGAAACAUCAACAGAGCUGCAACUUUGUUUAACGCUCUCAUCAUCAAACUAGAAUAUGAAACACAACCUAUGUAUUGUUGUUGACACACUUUAUUUGGGUAUUCCGAUGCUGAAACAUUACCAUUGCUGAUGACUUUUUGUCCAUUAUCUGCAUGUUUGUUACACAACAAGAAAGGCAAAGUCAUACAACCUAGCAGUUCUGGCCAUGGGUUUGAACUUUAACAAGAGGAGACUUUAUAUUUGCUGCCAUGACACCCAAACUCUAGAAAAACCUUCAUCCUACCUUAAAAGCUGUCCAUCAAGUUGCAAGCUUUUAGGAUAAUAUCUCAAAAACCUUUCUAUUUCAGUUUUAUUGUUUUUUAUGUCUGUUCUGUUGAUGUAGUUAUAGUGACAUUGCUUUAAUUUGGUGUUGUUUUAAAUAAUUAUUUUACAUUGUGAUGAGACUAGUCUUGUGGGGUCAGUUGUAAGCAGAGGUAUGUAUAGUAAUAUAUCUGGGAACAACCAUGGUGAGGUGUGACAUAAAUGUGGGCUGGAACAACAAUGAAACUGGGUUUGUAAACCCUCACCCAAUCCAACACCUCUUGAAAACAGUGGUCAAAAUCGGGGCAAUGAUUUAAGUAAGAGAUAGCAGCAGGCCCGGAACAAAACCUGUUUCAGAUUCUAAUGGACAUACUGUAGUUUUGUCAUCUGCAGAUUUUACUGCAUCCACAAUCACAACUUUAAUAGUUGUCUCUAGAUGUGCAUUCUUGUCAAAGUGUAGGCUAAAAGAAUCAUGUCUGGCUUUGUGUGAUGAUGAUUAUCCUAUUGUUUUAUAUUACUGUCGUCAGUCUUGUUGUGAAGCACUUUCACCGCUUGAGAGUUGCUUUAUAAAUAACAACUUCAAUUCUAAUCAGUUUCAGGUGGGUUAGGCCUAGGAUUCAGUAGUCUGUAAAAUAAUUAACUGAUUUCCCCGUGUUUGGGUUUGGGCAUGUGUGGUAACCAGUUCAUCUAAGGCCCAGGUUGUCAGGCUCAGCCCUGUGUUGUCAAAGUCUAUCUGUUUGUUAAGUUAAUAGCUCAACAUCUGUAAAAUGUGCUUCUAGUGAAUGAGCAGAUACCUCUGCAGUGCUAUUGUUUCCAAUUUGCACAGCCCUGCCUCAACCUAAGCAGCAGCAACAAGAUGAGAGAGGCCAUCUGGACUGGUGGAUAUCAGUAAAAUGCACUGUAUUGUGACCAGUGCAUCUGCUUGGGUUUGGUUACAGCUAGCUGUCUCAGAGCGCAGUGGUAUUGCACUAGUUUUAUCAGGCUCAGUUAUGAAUUUGAGCUUAUUAGUAUGCUAAUGUUAACAUGGUAGACUUUUUGCAAAUACGUUAGCAUCCAUAGCAUUACCGUUGCAACAUUUGCAUGCUAACAGUAUCUCCUAGUAGAUACUUUUAAGCUGAUGUAGAGCUAAUUUUGACAUACUGAAGCCAAUCAUAACAUGCCUGAGAUGACCACAAGCCUGUAAUCAAUAAAUAAAGUAAAAUAAGUUAAUAGUACACCUGAUUGUUCAGCAUCAACAUUGGACUAUCCAAAUGGAUUUUUACAUUAUUAUUAUUAUUGUUGUUAUUAUUAUUAUUAUUAUUAUUAAGUGCCUGUUAUCUAUCCCUUUAACACAUUUAGAGCUGGAGACAACCUUUAGAUGUUACACAGAAGAGUGACACUGAAUUAGCUUCAGAAUUUACAACCAUAAAUGUUGAUCCAAUAUACACUUUUCAUCUCCUCCUGAGAACUACGCCUUCAAGGAGGUUUGUGCAUGUGGGGAUUUCAACCACCAGACAGAUAAAGGAUGACUUGAAGUAAUGGUGGAUAUUUUUUGUCCCCUGUUGUACAAUAUAUUUGUAAAUAUUAACUAUGUUACAGUAACAAUAUUAUAAAUAAAAUAUAACAGUAUUGAAAGGGAAUACAGAGAUUACGUUAAAGCCCUCCAUUUGAGUACAUUGGCACAAAGUACAGGGCACCCAUAUCCUAUGUAUCCGAUUAGAUUUAUGACAAUUUAUGACUGUUUUUAUAUUGUCAUAACAUACUGUACAUUACAAUUUAGUUUUGAGGCACUGCAAGGUCCAUAAAACAAGCACAUUUACGCUCUACCACAGUGUUGCUUACAUGUAUUCAUGGAUAUGUCUGAAGAUUUUUACACCUAAUACCUUGCCUAUGUACUUUUUUGCUGUUCUGUUGAGAUCAUUAUAUCAGCUUAUUUCAAAUGAAUGUUUCAUAUAAUAAUCUAUUUCUCAUUAAAAGGCUAUAUUUAA